UUUCAUUUUCUUUUCUUCCAAAAUGGCUCCAACACGGAGUAUGCUCGGAUUUUUAAAUCCGAAAACGAUUAGUGCAGUUAUUACUAGCAAUGUUUCGAUUACUCCCAACCGUUUUAUGCACAAAUGCAUCAAGAAUUGUGAUACCUAUAAAAAUAGCCCGGUUGUUUCUGGUGUUAAAGUAACACAUAAAAAUUUGAAAUAUAACGUAGCUCAAUGCUACCGACAAAUUCACACUACACGUAGUCUCGGCGUGCGAGCUGACUAUUACAAAGUUCUGGGCGUAUCCAAGAAUGCUUCUGCUAAGGAUAUCAAAAAGGCAUACUAUCAACUUGCCAAAAAAUAUCACCCCGAUGCUAAUAAAUCAGAUCCAGAAGCAUCCAAGAAGUUUCAAGAGGUGUCAGAAGCUUAUGAGAUUCUCUCUGAUGAGAACAAGCGUAAACAGUAUGACACCUUUGGGACAACAUCGGACCAAAUGGGAAUGGGAGGAGGACCUAGCGGCCCAGAUGGUUUCACUCACCAGUGGCAGUACAAGUCAACUAUAGACCCUGAGGAGUUGUUCCGGAAGAUUUUCGGAGAUGCUGGCUUCAAGAGUGAUGCUUUCAGUGACUUUGCAGAGAGUCAAUUUGGAUUUGGAGCUGCACAAGAGGUCAUAGUCAAUCUACGGUUCACGGAAGCUGCAAAGGGUGUGAACAAGGAUAUCAAUGUGAAUGUAGUGGAUACAUGCCCCAAAUGCAUGGGCAGCCGCUGCGAGCCUGGCACUAAGUCCAUUAAGUGUACCUACUGCAAUGGCACUGGCAUGGAGACAUUCUCUAGAGGUCCAUUUGUGAUGCGUUCCACAUGUCGCCACUGCCACGGCACCAGGAUGCUGAUCAAGUUCCCUUGCAUCGAGUGUGAAGGGAAAGGACAAUCUGUUCAACGCAAGAAGAUAACGGUUCCGGUGCCGGCCGGCGUGGAGGACGGGCAGACGGUGAGGAUGGCGGUGGGCAACAACGAGGUGUUCGUCACGUUCAAGGUGGAAAAGUCCAACUAUUUCCGCAGGGACGGGCCCGAUGUCCACACUGACUGCAAUAUUUCGGUAUCUCAAGCAAUCUUGGGCGGCACUGUGAGGAUACAGGGUAUAUACGAAGAUCACACUAUUCAGAUAGUGCCGGGCACAUCUUCACAUAGCGCCAUCCGCCUCUCUCGAAAGGGCAUGAAGCGAGUCAGCACGCAGGGCUACGGAGAUCAUUACGUUCACAUCAAGAUACAGGUACCGAAGACGCUGUCAGAAAAGCAAAAAGCGCUUAUGUACGCGUAUGCAGAGUUGGAGGAGGACACGCCUGGUCAGAUUCUAGGAGUUUCCUACGAUAGAGAUGAAAAAAAUAAAACGGGUAGUACGAAAUCAGACGAAACAAUUCACCGGUUGAACCGUGAUGACGGCGCGCCACCGCGCGAUAGGUCCCGAGCUUGGACUUUUCUAGAAAGUCUGUCAGACGCAUAUAACAAUAACAAAGCGUUUUUUAUCAGCGGGUUCUUGAUGUCUGUGUUUUUGUGCACGUUUGUGAUCUUGAACGACCCCACUGAUAAGUACAAUGUGAUGGACUAUUUAUGGGAAUGGGAGGAGAAACAAAAACCUCUACCGGACCAACCGUUUGGCUACGACAGGGCGAUUAAACGAGAGCGAGAAAAGAAUCCAGAUUUGUAUGAUGCUUGAAUGGUGAUGUUUAUGAGAGUCAAGAGGUCAUCAAUUAAAUACAAUUUUUAAUUUAUUAUUUAUUGCACACACAUAUCGUACACUAGCGCCACCAUCAAUUUUUUAACAAUUUCUUUUAUCUCUUAACGUAAAAAAUAUUCUGAAAAAUUAUGCCACACUAGAUAAAUAAUUUUAUUUUAAAGUAUUAUAUAGUCCUCCAUUGCAAUUGCACAGUUGUUUAAAUGGAAAACGGUGGUCACUAAAAUUUGUUUAAUCAACUGUGACCACAUUGUAUCAAAGGAAACUAUAAUAAGUACUUUAUAUUAAAAUUAUUUAUAGUGUGACAUAAUCUGUUGAAAUAUUUUUCUAUAUUUUGCUAAGAAAUAAAAGAGAUUGACAAAGUGAUGGUGGCGCUAGUGUGCCGCUAAUAGCGCAUUAACAUAGUAGCUUUGGGAUUAAUCGUCAGUGAUGAGUGAAUUCGCCGCUAGAGGCGCUGGUGCUGUGAAAGCUGGAAAUAUGCAGCCCGCACUCCCAAGAACUUUCGAUGCACAGUACUUAUAUUGCUAUCUCUUUCAUUUGAGUGGUAACAAGUUAAGGGUAACAUAAAGGUAUAACGUAUCUUUCAUCGCUCAAGGAGGAGAGGUCGAGCCACAGAUGCAAGAGAUAACAAUGUAUAUAAUGUGCAAUAUAUAUACAUUGCAUCAAAAGUCCUUGAGAGUGCGGACUCCAAUAAUAUUUAGAUAAUUUAGACGUUUUUGUUGUGUUGCGCGGGAUAUGCAGUAUAUAGCGCGGGAUACACGUAUAAAUGUUGUUUCGAUAUUAGGAUAAGUAGUAUAUAGCAACACGUAUAAUUCGAUGAUUAGACAUUAGAUACGAAUUAACAAAUAAAAAAAAAUUUUUUUGUUAUAUUUUUCUUUUCGACAUUUGUUUCUUUUGUAAAAUAUUUUUAGAACAAACUAAAAGUAGUUUUCUACUUGGACAUUGAAUUAAAUGUCUUUCGUUAAAAAGACGCCAAAGGCUCUCGAAAUCCAUAUGGAUUUCACAUGUGGAUUUUAUGACAUAUUUCUAGUGUAGAUUCAAUUGAUGUAAAUAUUUAUUUAAAAGCUGAGAACGUGCAAGCCCUUUCACAUAUUACAGUUGUCCAUAUAUUUCGUUAAGAAAGCUUAGAUAUAAAAAAAAUCGUUAUAGGAAAUAUCUCUUGAAGUAUAUCGAAUAGUAUGUAUUAUAUAAAUAUCCUCUGGAUUAUAAGUAUACAUUUCCUGUAACAUAUGUAACUUUGUGUAUAGCACAGACAACCGAAGUAUGUGAUAGAGGCUGAAUUUGUGAUUGUUGAGCGAACAAAUACAUAAAGGGAUAUAGUAUGAUGGUCAUAUAUUGUUAAUGUACAUUGUAAAUGUUCUUGAAUAUAUGAAAUUUAAUUAUUA